AUGGGCUUCAAAGUUAAGGUAGAGUUCCUUGGUGGCUUAGAUGUCAUCUCCAACAAAGUCAGAGAACACUCCUUGAAGGUUCCGCUCGAGGAAGGUGAAGCUACCGUUAAAGACUUGAUCGAGCUCAUCACAAAGUCCAUCAUUGCUGAUCCAAAAGAUAUACCAGUAUUCAUAGAAGAUGAUACCGUUCGUCCGGGCAUUCUUGUUCUUAUCAACGACACCGAUUGGGAAUUGGAAGGCAUGGAAGAGUACGUUCUUGAGUCUGGCGAUGUGUUUACUUUUACCAGUACAUUGCAUGGAGGUUAG